AUGGCUAAAAUGAGUCUUUCAUCCUACAUGUUAAUACUAACCUUUUCUUUGUUUUCUCAAGGUGUUUUACUUUCAGCAAAGCCCAUAAGAAACGUAGAAGAUGACAUGGUCUUUAGCACAUUCAGACUGGGGAAAGCCUUACAGAAGGAAGAUGCUGCAGAGAAGUCCGUUAUUGCUCCUUCCUUGGAACAAUAUAAAAGCGACGAGAAUGGUUUCAUGGAUGAAGAGGAAAACAGAAAUUCAAAGAAUGCAGGCUCCAAACACAAUUUCUUAAACCACGGUCUGCCACUGAAUUUGGCUAUAAAACCUUAUCUUGCACUGAAAGGAUCUGUAGCUUUUCCAGCUGAGAAUGGAGUUCAGAAUACUGAAACACCACAGGAAAAGAGAGAAAUUGGGGAUGAAGAAAACUCAGCUAAAUUUCCUAUAGGAAGGCGGGAUUUUGACAUGCUCAGGUGUAUGCUGGGAAGAGUCUACCGACCUUGUUGGCAAGUCUGAUACUUGUCGGGCCACAUCAUCGUUUCAGAAGAAGACAAAAUCA